AUGGCGCCCGGAGGAGGUGGAAACAUUAAGGUGGUGGUGAGAGUACGGCCGUUCAACAGUCGAGAAAUCGAGCGAGGUGCAAAAUGUAUCGUGUCAAUGAAAGAUACCCAAACGGUCCUCACGCCGCCGCCAGGAGCCGAAGAGAAAUCGCGAAAAGGUGGAGCUAAAGGUGCCGUCGAGGGCCCAAAGACGUUUGCUUUCGAUAGGUCGUACUGGUCUUUCGACAAGAAGGCGCCCAACUUUGCGGAUCAGGAUAAUCUUUUUAUGGAUUUGGGUGUACCGCUUCUGGAUAAUGCCUUUCAGGGUUAUAAUAACUGUAUCUUUGCUUAUGGUCAGACUGGUUCGGGAAAGUCAUACUCGAUGAUGGGGUACGGUAAGGAAUAUGGUGUUAUUCCUCGGAUCUGUCAAGAUAUGUUUCAGCGCAUUUCGACUAUACAGCAGGAUAAAAACCUUACCUGUACCGUGGAAGUCUCUUACCUGGAAAUUUACAAUGAACGGGUUCGAGACUUACUCAAUCCCUCGAAUAAAGGAAACCUCAAAGUCCGUGAGCACCCGUCUACGGGUCCAUAUGUCGAAGAUCUUGCCAAGCUUGCGGUUCGCUCGUUUGAAGAAAUUGAAAACUUGAUGGAUGAGGGAAACAAAGCUCGAACUGUUGCCGCCACGAAUAUGAACGAGACGUCUAGUCGAUCACACGCCGUCUUCACGCUGAUGCUUACCCAGAAACGACACGAUGCCGAGACAUCUAUGGAUACGGAGAAGGUGUCACGAAUCAGUUUAGUCGAUCUUGCGGGUUCUGAGAGAGCCACAUCGACUGGAGCCACAGGAGCUAGGUUGAAGGAAGGUGCUGAAAUUAACAGAUCUCUUUCUACGCUUGGGCGUGUCAUUGCGGCGCUGGCGGAUUUAGCCGCUGGAAAAACCAAGUCGAAGAAAGCCGCUUCGAUGGUGCCAUACCGUGAUUCGGUUCUUACAUGGCUGCUUAAAGACUCGCUGGGAGGAAAUGCCAUGACGGCGAUGAUUGCCGCAAUCUCACCUGCUGAUAUCAACUUCGACGAGACACUGGGUACACUACGUUACGCUGACUCCGCGAAGCGAAUCAAGAACCAUGCUGUUGUCAAUGAGGAUCCCAACGCGCGGAUGAUCAGAGAACUCAAGGACGAAUUGGCGCAGCUUCGAGCGAAACUUGGCGGUGGUGCAGGAGCAGGCGGCGCUGCUGGAGGUGGCGGCGGGAUAGUCGCAGAGGAAUAUCCUCCGGACACACCUAUGGAGAAGCAAAUGGUUUCCAUUCAACAAUCUGACGGCAGUGUCACUAAAGUGAGCAAAGCAGAAAUUGUGGAACAACUGAACCAAAGUGAGAAACUUUACCAGGAUUUGAACCAAACUUGGGAAGAGAAGCUGGUGAAGACCGAACAGAUCCACAAGGAACGUGAAGCUGCCCUGGAAGAACUCGGUAUCAGUAUAGAAAAGGGCUUUAUUGGUCUCAGUACUCCCAAAAAGAUGCCUCAUUUGGUCAACUUGAGCGAUGACCCACUGCUUGCAGAAUGUCUCGUGUAUAACAUCAAACCAGGAACCACACAGGUGGGUAAUAUGGAGCAAGGAAGCCACGUUGAGAUCAGACUGAACGGGUCAAAGAUCCUAGCUGAUCACUGCAAAUUCGAAAACAUCGACAAUGUUGUCACUAUUCUGCCUAGCGAGGGCGCUGCAGUGAUGGUUAAUGGAUUGCGCGUCGACAAACCCAAGCGAUUGAAGAGUGGAUUCCGCAUUAUUUUGGGCGAUUUUCAUAUUUUCCGGUUCAAUCAUCCCCAGGAAGCACGGGCCGAGAGAGUGGAACAGAGUUUACUCCGUCAUUCAAUUACAACGAGUGAACUUGGCUCACCGGCACCAGGUAAAACCCAUGAGAGAAAUCUGAGCAAAGCUUCAGAUUUAGGCUGGGACUCGAGCAGAGCCGAGUCUCCAAUGCCUUCUCAACGGGGGCGAGAAUCCGAUUGGUUCUAUGCACGCCGCGAAGCUGUGAGCGCGGUGUUGGGACCGGAUCAUAUCUCUCACCUACCCGACGACGAGCUUGAUGCUCUUUUUGAGGACGUGCAGAAAGUGAGGGCUACACGCCGGGGCCUGAUGGACAACGAGGAAGAUUCAGAUUCACUCAGUUCCUAUCCGACCCGUGAUAAAUAUAUGUCCAACGGCACUAUCGACAACUUCUCCCUGGACACGGCUAUUACAAUGCCGGGGACACCUCGCCAAGGCGAGGACGAUGGCCAGAAUGGUCUUUCCACCCUACAGUCAGUACGCCAGGAUAUGCAACGACAGCUGGAACGACAAAAGGAGCAGUAUCUGGAUAAGCUAAGAGACUCAGAAGCCUCUCCGAGCCAAGGCGUUGACGAUGUACGCUCCGAGAAAGUCCGCAUGGAAGAGGCUCUUCGAGUCGCGAAGGAAGAGUACGAGGAGCAACUCCGGAAGCAAAAAGAGACAUUCGAAACCCAUAUGAAGGAACUUGGCCAGCCGAUCCCGAGAAUUUACGAAAACGGUUACCCCAAGUUGGAUCCAAGGGAGUUGGAGGUCGCGCGCACCGUCUAUGCACACUGGUCUCAGCAAAACUAUGUCCGAAUGGCAGAGAAAGUGUUGCAGUACGCGUCGUUGAUCAAGGAGGCUCAAGUUAUGAGCCAUAUAAUGGACAAAAAUGUGGUUUUCCAGUUCGCGAUCGUCGACCAUGGACACAGUAUGGCCUCGUCUUAUGAUCUUGUGUUGAACGGCAUAUCUGGAGACGAAGAUAUCAUUCUUGAUGAUGCCAAGAAACCUUGUGUUGCGGUCCGUGUCAUUGAUUUUAAACAGAGUGUCAUCCAUCUCUGGUCUAUCGAGAAGCUCCAGCGUCGGGUCCAGUCCAUGCGACAACUACAUCAAUACAUUGAUCGACCGGACUAUAUCCAACACUUCAAGCUUGAGAACCCUUUCUCCGAGCCGUGCUCGCCCCAGUAUUCCCUUGUGGGCGACGCUGAUAUUCCCCUCACUGCUGUGUUUGAGACGCGAGUCCAGGACUUUUCGGUUGAUGUGAUCUCGCCAUAUACACAGGGUGUAGUGGGCAUCAUCCGAUUGUCUCUGGAGCCAUCCUCGGCACAGGCGCCGUCAUCUACGCUCAAAUUCAAUGUUGUCAUGCGUGAUAUGGCGGGGUUUGCCGAGUGGGAGGGAACGGAUGUCCAUGCCCAACUCUUCGUCCCUGGUAUUUCCGAGGAAGGUGGAGCUACGACGACGCAGAUGAUCAACGGCUUCGAUGAGACGCCGGUUCGAUUUGAAAGUGUUCACAGCAUGAGCCUACCGCUCUCCAGCCCGCGAAAUGCUGCGCUGAAAAUCUGCGUCUAUGCCUGUGUUACUCAGAUGCAUCUCGAUAAGCUUCUUAGUUGGGAUGACAUGCGUGAUUCGGCCGAGCAAGGACCCCAAGAUCAGAAGACGCCACGUAUUGCGGAAUCUGAAUAUUUCUCGGAGGAGAGACAUGAUGUCUUUGCGAGUGUCCAAGUUUUGGAAAUGACCGAAACUGGAGAGUACCUACCUGUGGAGGUUGUACAAAACAACGCCUGUGAUGCAGGGGCGUAUCAGCUCCACCAAGGACUUCAGCGCCGGGUCUCUGUGAAUUUGACUUACAGCUCCACGGCAACGCUUCCCUGGGACGAUCUUACCAACAUUCGUGUUGGUUCUGUGCGCUUGUUGGAUCCUUGGGGCAAGAUACCGGACCAGGACCUCCAAACCCCAGACGUCCCACUGAAAUUUAUCCAAGAGCCCAUGGUGAAGGACAAUGCCGAUGGAACAUCUAACAUUACACUUGUGGGCCAGUGGGACUCGAGUUUACACGGAUCACUUCUUUUGGACAGGGUGACUGCAGAGAAAUAUCGUGUACAAGUAACGGUUAGAUGGGAUCUUCAGUCUUCACGCUUGCAGGAACCCGUCUUAUUUGAAGUUGACUUGACGCUUCAAGUGCAAGGUCGGGCAUAUGUUCGUCCGCAGUCCAUACUUAAGAACUUCUUCAGCACAACGCGCGUUGUCCAUUCCACUGUCCGCAUGUACUCCGUUGCAGUUCGCCCCGUGUCCGCCAAACGCGCCGCCGAUCUCUGGCGCAUGAAUACCCAGAAUGAUUAUGUCAAAGGCGAGGAGCUUCUCACCAAAUGGGCUCCCAGGAAAGUUUCACUUGUACGCGACUAUAUAAGUUCCCGCAAGCGACGGAGACGUAUUGCCGAUUUAAAUGCCGCGAAAGGAGCUCAUAGUCUCAAUAGCCUCACGGUCGCUUCGCCUCCACGGAGUGGAAGGUCGACACCACUUCGCGGCCAAGAGCCUGAUCGUAAGGCCAAACUCCUUCGGAAAUAUGUUGACCUCUGGACUGCAAGAACCGACCCUAUUGAUGCCAUUCUCAUACGAGGCAACACAGAGCCCCCAGAACGAGGUGCGGCAUUUGCUUCUCGCGGAAAGUCACCUUCCGAUGGUGACACCAAUGGUGAUCAUGAACAUGAAUCCCUGACACCGCGGUUUUACGCUACCGUGCAAACACUUCCGAAGAAUCCGUCCGCAUCGAAGACCGGAUACCUGUUAGCACCUGACGAUACUUAUACUCACUGGGCGCGGCGGUUCGUCGAACUUCGCCUACCGUACCUACAUGUUUACUCUGUUCCGGAAGGCGACGAAAUCAAUGCGAUAAAUCUGCGCAACGCCCGAGUCGACCAUGCGCCUGAUUUUGCUAGACUUCUUGAUGGCCCUGGAGCUGACGGGUCGGCCAAAGGUCGGCCGAAUGUCUUUGCAGUGUACGGCCCGCAGAAUACUUUCCUUUUUGCGGCGCGAACGGAGGCUCAGAAAGUUGAGUGGAUUUUGAAGAUUGAUGAUAGCUACUUCAGCAAUAACGCCCCUCGAACGCCGACGAAUGGACCCGGGAGAUGA